CAACUAAUAACAAGUUCUAAAAUCUGACUAACGCCAUCGCUGCAUAUUCUUGACAAAAAGUAUGACUUUAUUUGUGAUGCGCGAUUUUCUCAGCGACUGCGCAUCGAUUACUGGGACAUGAUGCAAUGUAACAAAUAUUUUGGGUGUAUCCAAAUAUCAAUGAUUUACAACGCACGUCUUAUUUUGUAAUAAGAUAGGACCUGACCAAAAAUGCUUCCAAUCGGUCCACUUUGUCACCUACAACCGCUGAUCUGCAAGCGACACCUUCAAGGUGUUGUUGUUUUUUUUUCUAAAUAAAUUCGUGUUGAAUUCGGCGAGUAUCUUCUGCCAAUUUACCUAAGUUUUUUAAGUUAUUUGGCGCUUUUCAGAUGGUUUAUGUUAGUAUGGAUGAAUAAGAGCAUAUAAGUAUGUACAUAUAUGCAUGCAUAUGUAUGUAUGUAUACAUAAAUCUUUGCUGAAUUUUGUGUGCCGUGUUGUAGUAUGAAAUUACUUUUGCAAAAGUGGUCCACCCAACAGUCAAUCGUUGUCCUGUUCAAAUUCCUCUUACUUACCCCCCGUGACGCCAUUCACAUGUUCGUUUUAGGCCUUGUCGAUUCUCUGCAUUGAAGCGUGUCGUGCGCUUUUGUUGUGGCUUCCUUCAUCUCGCCUUCGCCUCCUUAUUCAAUACAUUCACUGUCGUCGCCUACAUCGCGAUGAACGUGUCAAAUUAUUCGCCAGCUGCAUCUGUUCUUUGGCGCGCAACUAGGCGUCGUUAUCGUCGUCGCAGUCACUUUGCUUACUUAGCGCUCUGCGCGCAGCAAACGCCAUCAUCAUUAUCGCCGUCCUCGGUUCCGACGUCCGAUUCACCGUUUCUUUUUUGCUCUUCGCGACCCGGCGGCUGGUACUCCAAUUUUUCGUUAUGUGUCAACAUGCACACAUACAGCGCUUACGUAUGUAUGUACGUAUUUAUGUAGGGAAACGUUCAAGAAGGGUGUUAUUAUGUGUGUACGCUUGUCGUUCGCACUAUCGUGCUAUUUGCCAUACACCAAUCUACAGCUAAGUGUUGCCUUCGCUCGCUAACCGUCUGGCUGUAGGACUGUGUGGCCAGCCGAUAUAAUUCGCUUUGCUUGGCAAAACCUCCGUUUGGCGGUGCACGUCUGUCCGACCGGCAGACAGUUAGCGAUUCAGCGACCUAAGCGGCUUUGGCUCCCCUGCCGCUUUCAUCAGCAAUUCGCCUUUUUAUUGUCGGCUUGUGUGUGCCUGUCUGCUCGUCGGCAGCGUUUACUGCUACUUUGUCUUGCUUGUAUACGGUCCUUCUUUCAUGCGUUGCGCUAUUCGCAGUGCUUGCGGCCGGGAUGUAGUUAGCAGGCAGCAGUUGUAGUCUUCGUGGUUGUUGUUCAUCAUUGACGUCGCUGCGCUCACACGCUCACUGUUCACUGCUCACUCAUGCACAUUGUUCUACCCCACUCCAUCGAUCCUAUAUGCCGUUGUACCAUCUAGCCUGCUAGCUAACUGGCCGUUCAGAGAGGCAGUUAGGCAGCUCAGCAAUCAGUCGGAAAUGAACGUUUCAAUCAGUCAGCAGGUAACGAAGUGCAAAACCAAUCAACGUUUAAAACUGGCGUCACAAAACGGCCCUUUACUCAUGGCACCAAAGAAGUCUACAAUUGUCCUGAACGUUGAACAAUUUAUACGCGACGUUCAAGAACGGCCUGCCAUUUGGAAUCGUAAUUUCCAUUGCAACAAAGCAUUUCUAGAACAAAUGUGGGAUGAGCUGUCUAGCGCACAUAAAUUGCCCAGUGAAGUAUAUGUCCUGGAUGAUGGCGGUGAGGUCGACUUAGAUUUGGGCAAUUAUGAGCGAUUUUUGGAUAUAACUUUGCAUCGCGACAACAAUAUAACAACUGGUAAGAUUUAUCAGAAAGUUAUUGAGAAAGAACGUACUGGUGAAUAUUUGGGCAAAACUGUGCAAGUUGUUCCACAUAUUACCGACGCCAUCCAAGAGUGGGUAGAACGCGUGUCUCAACGUCCAGUGCAAGGCAACUCACAGCCGCAAGUGUGUAUUAUAGAAUUGGGUGGCACAAUCGGUGACAUUGAGGGUAUGCCUUUCGUGGAAGCUUUCCGCCAAUUUCAAUUUCGCGUAAAACGUGAAAAUUUCUGUGUAGCGCACGUCUCACUUGUACCCUCACCACGUUCCACUGGUGAACCGAAAACAAAACCAACACAAAGUUCUGUACGUGAGUUGCGUGGUUUUGGUUUGAGCCCUGAUUUAAUAGUUUGUCGGUCGGAGAAACCAAUCGGUCUCGAAGUGAAGGAAAAAAUUAGUAACUUUUGUCAUGUAGCGCCAGAUCAGGUUAUAUGCAUUCAUGAUCUUAGCUCUAUAUACCAUGUACCAUUAUUAAUGGAACAGAACGGAGUUAUAGAGUUCCUCAAUGACCGUCUGCAGCUGAAAAUUGAGUCAGUAAAGCGUGAGAAAUGCCUGCAGCAAUGGAAGGACCUUGCACGCCGCUCUGAGACUCUCCGCGAGGAAGUGAAUAUUGCCAUUGUGGGUAAAUAUACGCGUUUAGAAGAUUCGUACGCAUCCGUGGUGAAGGCACUCCAACAUGCCUCACUUGCUGCAGGUUUUAAGUUAAACUUGAGAUUCAUUGAAGCCUGCCACCUGGAGACCGGUACACGGGACAAAGACCCUACUAAAUAUCAUGAGGCUUGGAUGCAGCUUUGCGAUAGCGAAGGCGUAGUUGUGCCAGGUGGAUUUGGUUCACGUGGCAUGGAAGGCAAAAUAGUUGCAUGCAAUUGGUGUCGCGAGAAACAGAAGCCCAUGCUGGGCAUUUGUUUAGGUCUGCAAGCGGCUGUUAUUGAGUUUGCACGAAAUGUGCUGGGCCUAAAGGACGCAAACACUACAGAAAUCGAUCCCAAGGUCGGCAAUCCACUUGUUAUUGACAUGCCCGAACAUCACACUGGUCAAAUGGGUGGCACGAUGCGUUUAGGUAAACGUAGAACCACUUUUUCGGAUGAGAAAAGCAUUAUAAAAAUGCUCUAUGGCAAUCCAAAAACUAUUGAUGAGCGCCAUCGACAUCGCUACGAAGUAAAUCCAAAAUAUGUUCCUACGUUGGAGGAACAUGGCAUGCGUUUUGUAGGCUAUGAUGAUGAAAAACGUCGUAUGGAGGUUAUUGAGUUGCGUGACCAUCCUUAUUUUGUUGCCACACAAUAUCAUCCCGAAUACUUGUCACGGCCGCUUAAGCCAUCACCACCAUUUCUGGGGCUAAUAUUAGCUUCGAAGAAGCGGCUGGGUAACUAUUUGGCACGUGGUUGCCGUUUGUCUCCACGUCAGCUCUCCGAUGCAUCAUCUGAUGAAGAGCUAUCGGCCGAGGAGUGCGAAAAACUCGUUAAUGCUGUGAAGCCAUUGCAAUUAAAUGGAUAUUUAUCGCCGUCAACUCCUGUACGUCUGCCAAAUGGACGCGCUAAGGAUGCAAAACCAAAUGGCAAAGGGAUAGUAUCGGAGGAAAAACAGCUGAAUGGAGAUCCUAAAGCUAAUACGCCAACUGGAGCUACCAAUGGUUUUAGCAGUAAUGACAACUUGCGUUAAACAUAUGUAGAAGCGGUUUUCCAUAAUAUAUAAGAAAUGGUUAGAUAGAGAUAAUUCAAUUGGUAAAAUAUUUCAAAAAUGUUAAUUUUAUUAGUUUAUCUUCAGUUGCUUAUACAUAUGUAUGUGUUACACUUUUUAAAAAAUUCUCACAUUUUCUUUUUUUGGUAUUAGCAGUUUUCAAUUAAAUAUUUAGCUCCGCAAAAACAUUUGCGAGUGUACAUUUAUUCUGUGGUACUGGUGGGUGUGCAUGGUGGCGGUUCAAUCUUUAAAAACACUUUUGCCUACCUACCCACUCACUCGCUCGCUUGCUCCGAUCCGCUUGGAAGAGGCUGAGCUAGCCUUCAACAGAUGCACCAUUUAUUCACCGCCACCUGAAGCACUCACACCAGCAAACAAAAUAAAAAACAGAAUAACACUUACAUAUGUAGAUAUGUAAGCACAUUUCUUUUUGAAUACUGCUAAUAAAUUUUGAAUACUGUGAGUGAGGCGUGUAACAAUUCCAAAACAAUGUUAUCGCUAACUUAACUAUGUAUAAUUAUUUUUUAGUUUUCAAAUUUAAAUAUUUUAUUGCUCUAGCACCGUUAAUGUUAUUAUACAAAAGUGAAUUCAAUUUGGCAAAGUCCUUACGGUCUAACUUUGGGUUAAUAUUCAAGAUAGAUUAUUUCCUCAGUUCUUUUUUAAGUGAAAAGUGAAAUCAUAAACGCUGCAAAAAUUCAGUCCUUAAGUUUUUAUACUUCAAUACAAAAAUUGUUGCAUUCUAGGCACUAUUCGAAAGUUAUAGUUGAGUUCAGAAACAAAAUACUUGUAUUUUCUUGCUUUCCUGCUUCUGCUUUCAAACUACAACCGUAGUUAGACUGUAAGGUCGCGACCAAUGAAAUAUAUCAUUUUUUACUUAAGAUUUUUUAAAGUGUAAUAUCUAAUUAAAUUAUAUAUGCUUUCAUUAUCUAUAAAUCUUGAAAUAGAUCAUAUUGUUAGAUUAUAAGAUCAUAUAUGUUAAAAGUGUGCCAGUUUUUACAGUUUUUUUUACUAAAAAAACAUUAGUAUGCUUCCCCUGUGCCUAAAUAAGGCAAGUAACUAGAAACUGAAUUGAAUUUGCUAUAAGAUUGGCUCAUUUAUAAAAAUCUCGUUACUUUUUGUAAGAAAUCCACAUUGAAUUGUAAUUCGAAAUUAUAAUUAAACCUAUGACACUAGGUUAUUAAUAAUAUAAGUUAAAAUAAUCGUUAGAGUAAGUACAGUUGCAAAAUAAAUUAGUUUUUACUUUGAUGGAAUUAUUCGCGCAGUCGGGAAAUAAUUGGCGCCCAAUUUGAAGACUAAUUGAUUUUGUACUUACAAAUUUUUGUAUAAAAAUAUAUUUUAGUACUGUGUCUACAAAAGAGUCUGAAAUAAAAUGAAGGUCAACGAAGGAAACAAA